AUGGUUAUGGCUCGCAUUCUUGCAUCCCAGAAAACCAUUGCGGGUGCAGCUAUAGGUCGCAAGAAAGAUACAAAAAAUCGAUACAGCGACGAGUCCUGGGGCGAGAGAACAAGACAAAGUUUCCAUCCAAAAUUUUUUGACACCCUUGGUUCGACUCCGUCCUGUAAAGCUCAUAUUAGAGUAAGGAAUUUCAAGCCAGCCGUUGCAUGCUCUGUUUACACGCCACACAUCAACAGUAAUGACUCUACGACAUUAGAUUCGGCUCCUUUUAGCAAGACUCGGAGAGCUGACCCAAAUAAGGUAGCCUCCAUCAUUCUGGGAGGGGGUGCUGGUACUCGUCUCUUUCCUCUCACUAGCACGAGAGCCAAGCCUGCGGUUCCAAUUGGAGGGUGCUACAGGCUCAUAGAUAUCCCCAUGAGCAAUUGCAUCAACAGUGGCAUCGGAAAGAUAUUCGUUUUGACGCAGUUCAAUUCUUUCUCUCUCAAUCGCCACAUAUCUAAUACAUAUAAUUUGAGAAAUGGAGUGAAUGUUGGACAUGGAUUUGUCGACGUCUUGGCUGCUACUCAAACACCGGGAGAAUCAGGCAAGAGAUGGUUCCAAGGAACAGCCGACGCUGUGAGGCAAUUUAUUUGGAUCUUUGAAGAAGCCAAGCACAACAAUAUUGACAAUAUAGUGAUACUUUCUGGUGAUCAUCUUUAUCAGAUGGACUAUAUGAACUUUGUGCAGAAACAUUUAGAUGCAAAUGCUGAUAUCACAAUUUCAUGCGUCCCCAUGGACAAGAGUCGCGCAUCAGAUUAUGGGCUGAUGAAAAUUGAUAAGAAAGGAAGGAUUAUACAAUUUAAAGAAAAACCCAAGGGAUCAGAUCUGAAUUCAAUGGAAGUUGACACUACUCUUAUGGGGUUAUCUCCCGAGGAAGCACAAAAAUAUCCUUUCAUUGCAUCAAUGGGUGUUUAUGUGUUCAGAACCGAGACCUUGCUGAAACUAUUGAGAUGGAGUUAUCCUGCAUGCAAUGACUUUGCAUCUGAAAUUAUUCCAUCUGCUCUCGAGGAACACAAUGUCCAAGUAUAUCUAUUCAAUGACUACUGGGAAGAUAUUGGAACUAUAAAGUCAUUCUUUGAUGCUAAUCUAGCCUUAACAGAACAGCCUUCGAAAUUUAAAUUAUAUGAUCCGAAGACUCCUUUUUUCACUUCUCCAAGAUUUUUGCCACCAAGUAAAGUCGAAAAUUGCAAGGUCACGGAGGCAAUUAUUUCUCAUGGUUGCUUCUUGAGGGAGUGCUGCAUUCACCACUCUGUUGUUGGAUUGCGCUCGCGUUUAGAUUCUGGCGCAGAGCUUGAGGAUACUGUAAUGAUCGGUGCAGACUACUAUCAAACUGAUUUUGAAAUCGCAUCUCUUCUAUCAGAAGGAAAAGUCCCAAUUGGAGUUGGACAGAAUACAAAAAUCAGGAAUUGUAUAAUCGACAAGAAUGUCAGCAUAGGAAGAAAUGUGAUUAUUGCCAAUCGUGAGGGCAUUGAAGAAGCAGACAGGGCCCAGGAAGGAUUCUACAUUAGGUCAGGCAUCACGAUCAUACCCAAGAAUGCCAUAAUUAAAGAUGGAACGGUUAUCUAAAACACUCUGGUCGUUUGUUGCACGGGUCUUUAUGGGACGAUCAUCGAACUUAUUUUUUUAUAUAAAU